AUGACGGCGAUGACGUCUACCAGCAGUGAUAUAGUUCCCGCUGGUACCGUAAUCAAGGAGCGAUGGCGAGUGUACAAAAAGAUUGGUGGUGGUGGAUUUGGAGAAAUCUACGAAGCGAUUGAUAUGGUCACACAGCAAAAGGUAGCCGUUAAAGUUGAAUCGGCACAACAGCCCAAACAAGUAUUGAAAAUGGAAGUAGCUGUGUUGAAGCGACUGCAAGGAAGAGCCCAUACUUGCCGUUUUAUCGGUUGCGGUCGCAACGAGCAAUUCAACUACAUUGUUAUGAGCUUGCAGGGCAAAAAUUUGGCAGAUUUGCGACGUUCCACCAGACGGGGCAGUUUUACCAUAAGUACAACUGUCCGUUUAGCGCGCCAGAUGCUUAUUGCAAUUGAGAACAUUCACAAUGUCGGGUUUUUACAUCGUGACAUUAAACCGUCAAAUUUUGCUCUUGGUACUGGCAUCGGACCUGGAGCCGUGAGCCCGCGCCAGAUUGUCCUACUUGAUUUUGGAUUAGCUCGUCAGUACACUACGGCUAAUGGAGAUAUUCGUGCUCCAAGACAAGUUGCUGGAUUUCGGGGCACUGUUCGAUACGCUUCAGUGAACGCACAUCUUAACAAAGAGCUUGGACGUCAGGACGAUUUGUGGUCUCUUUACUAUAUGCUGGGAGAGUUUAUUGUCGGCGAGUUACCAUGGAGAAAAAUUAAGGACAAGGAACAGGUGGGACUGAUGAAACAAACGUUUGACCAUAACCAACUGUUAAAGUUUAUGCCAAGGGAGUUUCGGUCAUUUCUGGAACAUAUCCAAAAUUUAACUUAUUUCGAUCGUCCGGAUUAUAUGUAUUUACACUCACUUCUAAAUGCAUAUAUGGAAAGAAGAAAAAUCAGUGAAGCAGAUCUGUUCGAUUGGGAAACAGCCGCAGAUUCUGGACAANAAGCCACUGGAGUGAGCGAAACUAAUCAACAUCAUACGAAUAUGGCUGUUCAACAAGGGGCUCAGGCUGGAAAUGCAGCGCAAGUGCCUGUUGAAACCACAAAAGCUCGGAAGGGCACCACUGGUUCUGGUGUCGCUCAGAGUCGUCCGAACGCUGGUGGAACCACUGGUGGUGCGGUCGCGGGGUCCAGUGGGUACAUGAGCGGCGCUCGGUUGGUUGGAAGUAGUUCUAAUUUAGCCAUGGCAGCUCAAGGUGCAAACACUUCCGUGGGCAAUAUGGGAAAAUCGUUUGAUGGUACUCCAGGCCAUGGUGGUUCAAAUAGUGCGAUGCCAAUUGCACGAGCUGCGUGUAACUCAUCCUUUCCCCAUCGCAUUCUGGGCGAUGACCUCAUGAUCAAUAAUAACGUACAACAACAACAAAGCAAUAACACUCCACGAAAGCUAUUUCCAAGCUCCGGAAUGCGUCCUCACAGACCAGCUACUACUCCUCGCCUGGUGAAGGAAGCCGGGGCGGCCCGUGCCCCAAUUGAUAACGGCCGCUUGCAACCGCAUCCUGGCGGUUUGACCCCCAACUCGGCUGGCCGCCGACCGAUCAGUGCAGGUGCUGCUCACUUGCGUAGUAGUGGAGCAAUGGGCAGUACUGCCAGCGUGGUGGGUCUAGGCUCUGGAACAAGAUGUGACACAAGUUGCACUCACGCUGUUAUCGUAAUGGUUGAUCAAGGGGAAAACAGCAAUUACCAUGACAUGACAAAAGCAGUACCCCUAACGCUAGCCAGUCAUUGGGUUGCUGGAGGAGAAGAUGGCGAAUGCUCCGAAAUCUCAGAUAACGAUGCUGCUCCAGCGGUCGAUCAAAAGGAUCAGCGUUCUAGUGACUCUGUGGCAGGUGCUGUGAAUGGGGAGCGUGUGGGUUCCUGUGCCGCCAACAAGGGAGGUACAGGAGAUGUCAAUGGUUCUCUGGAUGUAGGUCAUGGUUUGGUCGAUGGAAAAGUAAUCAAAGUGGCACCGGAAGUUGGUAACAGCAAUAACAACUACUUUUGCAGCCAAGACGUCGACAUGGAUGCAUGUCGGAAUCCCAUUCAAAACACCACCGACUACAAACGUACUUCACGCAGUCAAUCAUCUGAAGAUGAACUUCCUAAUCGAAAUGUCCCUCGAGGCGGCUACGCUAAUUCAAAUCGCUACUUACCUGCAUCCUGUCAGAACAACUCUGUCGACAAAGAAACAGGUCUGUAUCGACCCCACUUAAGUACUCCUAUGUAUUCCAGUGGUCCUCGAAAAUUUUCUUCUGCUGCUCGCCGUGCACACGCCCGGGCGCGUCCAGUUGGCACAGAUUCUCGCGGGACGCGUUCCCCUAUCGACCAGAACAGAGGUUUCCGAUUGCGCUCUUCUAACUCUCCGAGACUUCGUGAAAGCGAUAACAACAACUGGAGUCCUCAAUAUUCCGAUGGUCUAACCCAACAUAUUGCUUCGUUCGAUCUGUCAGGAAAUCCUCUGGUCUCUCAUUAUCCGACUACAGUGGAGGAUAGCAGUAAAGACCCUUAUAAAGUUUGCGUGCCCCAUAGUUAUCGCCAAAAAACUGGUUGGAAAUCACGGGAGGAGAUCACCAGUGACCAGGAAGAGGAGGAUGGAGUAGAAGAGCGACAAGACGACCCUCCUGGCGAUGUUUUGCCUGCCGGUUCAGAGUUAUCUUCACCUUGGCGAUUCUCACCCACUCCAAUGAUCCCCAAACCACUUACCCCUUCUUCACGUGAACAUUACUCACAGUAUCGCUCUCGCCCAACUAACCAUAGAAGGCAGUAUGAUCGUCGUGCAGGCCCGUUACAUACCAGAAGACCAACAGUUCCUGUUCAAGAGAACAGUUUAUUUACCAAUACUUUGUUUUCUAAAUCGGAACAUAAUCUUCUACUGUGCAAUGACGAGUCACCUGAUGUAGACGACCAACUGUGUUUGUCGGCUGAAGAUGAUGGAUAUUUGGUUCAAUAUGCCAGCUCCGACUCCAGCUUGUCUGCCUUCAUCUCUUCUGACGAACCUUUCAUUCGUGCCAAACCAAAGGCACACGUGCCUCGUAUGAGGGGUCCACGGUUCCCGCCGUCCGUUUAUCCUUCCGUUAACGGACUGUCCAGGGACAACGUCAGGCUAAAACAAGCGGCAAAUUCUGUCUUCGACGCUGACUAA